UUUUCAAAAUGGCGGAUCAGUUUAAAGAUCCUUCUACUGUAGUGAAACAAGCACGGCUCUUACAGGAUCCUGACUUCAAAGAAUUCUGCGCCAGAGUUCUUGGAAUUUUGCAGAGUCCUGAUCGGGGCAAUGAGUGUCUAAAUACUUUAAGGCGACUGUAUCUGUUGUUGGCUGCCACUAGACAAAGGAGAAGCUUGUCAAGUCAAUUAAUUAAUGAGCUACAAAGUGUUGCUGGUGAACCUCAACAAGGCCCCAAAAGAUUACGCCUCCUGUGCUGUGCUAUAUUGCGUGAGGUAACUCCAACAAGUCAGCUUGUUAUUUCUAAUGUGGAACCACCAGUGGAGCAGAAGAAUAUACCAAUGAUAUUACCCUUGGUGUGGGUUCAGGGCCAGGAGCGAGGCUUUUGGACAAACUACAUUCCACAACUUAUGCAAUGGUUGACAAAACCUGGGGUCCCUGUGGAAUUGCAAACAUUGUCUCUUGGUUCUCUUCAAUUAUUAAUAAACGCAGAUGAUAGUUUGAUAUCGCAAGAUGAUGCUGGAGCAGUGAGUCCUCAAAUGGCCAAUUGGCUGAAGAAUGCAAGCACAGUAUCAGCUCCAAACCCUUACCAGAGACAGUUAUUUGGAGGAGGAAAGUCAAAGGGGUACCAACUUGUUACAGAGGUUGAUGGAACAUCAUCAAGAUACUUUUUUACAGUCUUGAGUAUUGCACAGUACUGUUUUCCUGACCAAAUCUUAAACAUUUACAACUUUUCCAUGUUGCGAUCAUGGCUUCAGCACCUCAAGUUUACAAAUACCAUCUCAAAUUCUAAUUCUCCAAGGGGUGGUGCAUCACCACUGAUCUUUUCAACUGCCUCAAAUUCAGGCUCUGUGGAGAAUCUCAGUCAGCCAGGUUAUUGUUCCAGCUCACCCUCUCAAAAUGUUCUGAACCAAAGUAACUCAAGUAUGGACAAUGUCUCCAUAGAUUCGCAGUCAUCCACUGGUUUUAUUAUUCCUUUGUCCCGAUCUUCUCCACAAGGUUCUGAGAACCAGUCAAUGAGUCAAUUCCCUAUGCCUGGCUCAUCCCUGACCAUCCCUACAGAUGACCAGUCAUUGUCAAGUGGUAGUGAUUCUAGACCCCAGACUCCAUUAAGUUUUUCCCAUGAUCCUGAAGAGCAUGGUACCAAGGACCAGGCUCAGCAAGCAUCAAAGAGAGGAAAACAUAAAAGAAGUAUGUCAACUCUAAGUUUCUCAAAAUUAUUCCCUUCAAGUCUUCAUGGAGUGAAAAGUGGCGAACAAGAACUGAAAGAGAGGGCCUGUGAAUACUGCUUGAGGCUCCUGGAACAAAGUGAAAGAAAACCAAGCAAGCAACAGGAUGCCAUGUUAAUUGAAGCUUGUCUGGUUGAAGUUAUCUACAAUUUGGAUGUUCUAUGCUCAACAGACAAGUCUUUGAUUCCCAAACUUAUAGAGAUCAUUAGGAGACUUUAUGCUCGAGUUACCUCUGAUUUCAACAGAUGGAAAAGAGUAUUGAUUCCAGUGGUACAAUUCCUUCUUAAUCAUGGUGAGACAGUUGUUUUUGAUCCUGAACCUGCCUGUCAGACUCUGCUGGGUCCAGUGUUGAGUUCCUAUUAUGCAAAUUCUUCUCUGUCAUUUGACAUUGUAUUCUUCUGCUUGGAAAACCUGAGGAAACUCUGUAUUUCAACCAACAUUCUUCCAAAAUAUUUUCCAAACUUGUUUAAGAUCUUGGCCUGGCAUCCCCGCACAUACAUAAAGGAAUUUAUGGAAAUGCUUCCAGCAAUGCUGAACGAGAACACAGCUGUUGAGAUGUUUCACACACUACUGGAUUUGCCCUGUUUGUCUGCUGCUCUGUGUACAUCAUGGGCUACAAAAGCGAGAGCAAACAGUGGAGAUAAGAUGGUGUUCAGUCAGUGUUCUGUUGAUUAUUUUUUGGAGCCGGAAUACAAACCUCUGUUUAGUUUUAUCAUGAGACUUGAAGCUGGACAGGGUGACACUAUAGAUAAACUUUCAACACUUCACCAUUUGUUACAAGACAGACUGGAACAACCUCGUGUUGUUGUAUCCGCUCAAAUUGCUCCGGUUUUAUUAAAUGUGAUGUUUUCGACCAUCCUGGAAGAGGCAGACGAAGAGACAGCUAGCCGAAUGGUCCCGGUUAUGUUGGAGAGAAUCGGCCUUCUUUAUCAUGUCAAAAAUUAUCGUAAAGAGAUUCACGAGUUGCUCUCAGAGAGAUUGGUACAGUUGUUUCAAAAAUACCCAAGCCUGAUUGUCAGGUUUCAACAGGACAUCAUGGAGUUCGUCAGCGGCCUUAAGAACCUUGGGCCGUCCAAAGAGAACUUCUUCGUUCACUUGGUUUGGGUGAUUGGCGAGUUUGCAUCGUCUUCACAUGAAGGUGGAUGUACAGUGCUACAUAUCGUCCAAUAUUUUGAGGCACUUGAAGCUUUGACGUAUGAAGUUUUAGGGCAGAGCGGACCACGGAAGGUGUCGUUUAGCGGAAGACUUGUCUCAGUUUUAAUGACAACACUUGCCAAGCUUGCUUCAAGGUGUCAGGAUGUAAUGCAGAGAGCUAUUUUAUGCUUGAGCAAAGUAGUACGGCAAAAACCUGAGCUUCUUUCAGACCCAGACUGCUACCCAGAUCUUCUAUUACGAGCGCAAGAACUUAUCAAUCUUCUUAAACUACCCAAUGUGGCACCUGUGAUCCUGAGCCCGGAUGCAGAAGUUUACAGCGGAAGGUGGCACAGAGACCGAAACGCUUCUAUACCUCUUCUGUUACGAACCUGUGACACCAUUCUCUCCUCGUAAAUUGAAGACUAGCAUACGAACGCAUGGCUUUCAUAGCUAGAAGUAGAAGGUUGACUAUAAGAAAUAUGCGAGCGUUAAAAUAGUUAUGGAAACUUAGUAAAGUUUUUCCCGAUAAAUAGUUUUUUUUUUUAAGAAUUCAGUAGAGGGCUUACAAAGUUCAUAAACUGAUCUUGGAAUUGUGUAAUCCAAAUAUGACAACACAUUACCUGA